AUGAGGAACCUGCUCACACAAAGGACUGGGACCAGUGUUAAUGAAACUGCUCAGUGUCGUGACUCUCUGGGCAUGCAAUCCGGCGCCAUUCCUGACUCUGCGAUCACAGCCAGCUCUUCUUUCGAUGAUGACACCGUCGGACCGAAGUUUGCAAGGAUACGUACAGAGACGAUGGGAGGAGCCUGGUGUCCCAAACCGAUGAUCAGCCAGAACUCAUAUGAGUACCUGCAGAUUGACCUCGGCAAACUCUCCGUGGUAACCAUGGUGGAGAUCCAGGGACGCUUUGGGAAUGGCCAGGGUCAGGAGUACACAGAGCAGUUCCUGUUGGAAUAUCAGAGGGAGGACAUGGGCGAGUGGAUGAGAUUCAGGGACAAGCAGGGAACAGAGUUGUUCAAGGGCAAUGAGAACACGUACCUGACAGAAAUGAGGGAGGUAACUCCGCCAAUAAUAGGCCGCCGUGUCAGGUUCAUCCCGUAUAGCAAGACUCUCCGUACCGUGUGCAUGCGGGUUGAGAUAUACGGCUGCAAGUGGGAAGAUGGUGUGGUGUCGUACAGCGUACGUCAGGGAGACCGACGUGGCUCGGAGCUAGACUUUGUGGACUUCACGUACGACGGCAUGAUCCAGGAGAACUUCCUGUUGGAGGGGCUGGGUCAGCUGACAGAUGGGGAGAUAGGGGACUACAACUUCAGGCUCGACAACGAAGAUCUGCGGAUAAAAGGAUAUGAGUGGGUGGGCUGGCGUAAUGACACACAGGACUUCCUUGGCCCUCUGAUCAUCACGUUCAAAUUUGACCAAGUCCGCAACUUCAGCAAAGUCUUCAUCAACUGCAACAACCUUUUCUCCAAGGACGUUCGUGUUUUCAAGGUGGCGCUGGUUUACUUCAGCGUGGGUGGGAAUCUCUACCAGAACUCGCCGGUGAAGUAUGACUUUAUUCGGGACGACGUGGUGGAGUAUUCGAGACCCGUGAUGAUCAAACUCAACAACAACGUGGGCCAGUACGUCCGUUUGCAGUUGUACUUUGAUGCCAAGUGGAUCAUGAUCAGUGAGGUGCAGUUCAUAUCAGAGCCUGCAACUGGCAACUUCACAGAGGAGGUUCCCCCCGCAACCUUGAAACCCCCGCUGGUGCCUCCCAAACCAGAGGACAAGUACUACGAACAUGAGCUGAACAUUGGCAAGGAUGGCAAGGGAACGCAUGCAGGCAAUGUAGAGCCAGAGAAAGCUCCAAAGCAGCAGACGCCAGGAAGUGACAUCAUCGGUAUCAUCAUCGGUUCCCUAGCAGGGCUCAUUGCCAUUCUCAUCGCCAUAGUGAUUUUUAUUGUGUGCCGACACCGGCGGAAUAAGAACAACAACCGGCGCAUGAAGACAGCCCUUGCGGAUACACACAACCAGAUCACCCUUAAUAUGUCUGACCUGCAGGGGACACACACCAACGGCAAGGUGCUCAACGGAAACAUGUACAACGGGGUCCCUCUCACAGAGCUCGAGUCUGACAGGGAAUGCUGCAGCGGGCGCCCAAAGCACAAUGGUCAUCGCGAAACGAAGGACUCAGUUAUCAUAAAUAGGGGCAGCAUGGCCCCUAAUUUAACUGACCUCCCAGAAUUACCUUCACCAGCAGAAAGCCAGGAUUACGCUGUCCCCGAUGUCACCAAGUCAGCCCUAAUGACCUUUCCACAGGUGCGCAAGCAGAACAAUCUCGACAAGCCGUCCCCACAGUAUGACGCCCUCUACGCUGCAGCCGACAUUGUCAGCACCCAGGUCCCCAAUAUACCUUCACUACAGGGUGUGAGUGGUAACAAUGUGUACGCUGUUCCCAAUGCAGAGCUGCUUCUCAGCAUUGAUGUUUCUGUCAAUGAAUUCUCACGCGAGAACCUACGCUUCAUUGAAGUGUUGGGACAGGGGCAGUUUGGAGAGGUUCACCUGUGUGAUGCAGUGAACAUGAGCCACUUUGUGGAGGAAGACUAUAUGAUGAAUCGCACACUGUCCAGACCGUGCCUGGUGGCCGUCAAAAUACUCAGAACCAACGCAGAGGACAGAGCCAGAAAGGACUUUCUGAAGGAGAUCAAGAUCAUGUCCCAGCUACGGGACCCUAACAUCGUGCGUGUUCUGGGCGUGUGUACGGGGGAGGAGCCAUUGUGUAUGAUAGUAGAGUACAUGAAGUAUGGAGACCUCAACCAGUUUCUGCUGGACCACGUGCUGGAGACGCCUUCCGCACAGGCUAUCAACGCUAAAAUACUCAGCUACGGGUGCCUGAUCUACAUGGCGUCCCAAAUUGCCUCUGGCAUGAAGUACCUCGAGUCUCUGAACAUGGUGCAUCGUGACCUCGCUGUACGCAACUGUCUUGUUGGCAUGAACUUCACCAUCAAGAUUUCUGAUUUUGGGAUGAGUCGCAUUUUGUACAGUGCUGACUAUUACAAGAUAGAGGGGCGAGCUGUGCUUCCGAUACGAUGGAUGGCAUGGGAGUCAAUACUACUGGGCAAGUUUACGACAAAGUCUGAUGUCUGGUCAUUUGGAGUGACGCUAUGGGAAAUAUUGACUUUUGCCUGUGAUCAACCGUAUCAUAAUUUAAGUGAUGAUCAAGUGAUCGCCAAUGCGGGACAUUUCUACAGAAGCGACGGACAGCAGAUGCUUCUACCACAGCCCAUUGUUUGCCCCCGUGAGAUUUAUGACAUGAUGGUCGAAUGUUGGAACCGCUCCGACUGUGAGCGACCCACAUUUAAAGACAUUCACAUGUUCUUGUUACGAAAGAACAUGGGAUACAAUCCAAAAGAUGAAAAGAUGAACCAAUUAAAAGUUCCAGUGUGUUAGUUACAGUGACUAAAUAUCGAAGUUAAACUGUGACAACUAAGCUAUUGACUUAUUCUGUUCUCUGCCAAGAAUUGUCAGCAAGAUAAAGCUUGAAGCCUUCAUCACUUCUUUUAGUGUCCCAUUGUGCUAUUUACUGAGAAAUGUCUCAGUCCACGACUUGAGUAAAUAAUAACUUAUAUUAUAACUUCCUUAAUUUAUGCUAACUGUUAUAUUUAUAUUCUGUUAUAUUUAUAUAUGACCGGUUUAUAAUUUUCAAAUUAAAAAAAAAACUCUGCAGUGUUUUCAAUAAAGUGUAAAAAUUAUUAAGUUGAAAGAAUUAAGAGUAUGGUAUUUUAGCAUAUAUAUUAUUUGAAAGAAAGCUUGAAGCCUCCAUCACAGCCCAUGGCUUGAGAAAAUAGUAACUUUUUGAAUUUGUGCUAACCAUUUUAUUAUUAAACGUCAGAUUCACAUGUCUAUGUUUUAAAAAACUCUGCACUGUUUGCAAUAAAAAACACAAAUACUUAUGUUAUAAUAAAUUAUAAUAAAAGCGUAUACAUAUAAGGGUAUUUGCAAAACAAUUUUAAAAUGACGAUUUCAUACCUAAUAAAUUGUUACAUUUAUAUUUUAGCAAGCUGCAUUUGCUACAUUAGUACAUCCAGGUCUUACAAUAAAGUCAUUGUUGAUAAUUAAAAGAGAAGGAAAGUGUCAAGGAUUUCUUCUUUUAAAAGUUUGAAAUUAAUAAACAGUCUAAGAAACUUGUUGACAGUUUGACCAAAAAACAAUUC